AUGUUGGCAUUGAAGAAGAAACGAGAGGCUGCGACCGCAGCAAAAGCCGCAGCAGCAGGCAGGAGAGAAGAACCAGAAACGAUUGCAGCCAAGGGCGAUGUCAGCGACCCCCGCGUGGUGUCCUUGUUUGGCAUUGGCGGUGAGAAGAAAUCGAAGAACGGAGAGGGGAAGACAGCAAAGAAGCGAACGCCCGGGGAGAUCCGCAUCCAGAAAGAUAUUGCUGAGUUGGAUGGAGGCGAUGUAGCGAACAUAUCCUUCCCCAACCCAAACGAUCUGACGACGUUCGCGGUCUCUGUUAGCCCUGAUACUGGCUACUGGACUGGAGCCACUUACCACUUUACCCUUACAAUUCCGCCUCAUUACCCCCACUCUCCUCCCAAGGUGGAGUGCCAAACGAAAAUCUACCAUCCCAACAUUGAUUUGCAGGGCAAAGUAUGCCUGAAUAUUCUCCGACAAGAUUGGAAACCUGUGCUCGACAUCAACGCUGUCAUUUAUGGUCUCCUUUAUCUCUUUUACGAGCCAAAUCCUGAUGAUCCUCUCAAUAAGGAAGCCGCAGAAUUGUUUCGAAAGGAUGCCAGCGGAUUUGGCCGAUUGGUAACGCGAACGCUGCGGGGAGGUAUGCUAGAUGGUGUGCAGUUCGAGCGCUUUGUUUAG